UUAAACUUGUGCAUCUGUUUAACAAGAUUUAUAAUUCUAUCUUAAAAUUAAUCAUUUGAGUUAUGUGUUUCCAUUGAUCGUUGCACAUAGAAUCUAUCUGAAUAAAAAACAAACGGAAGAAGCUUAAAAAAAAGUAGUCAAAUAGUCAAGAAACAUCGGGACGGUUAAGAAACAAUGUUCAUUACUAUAUUGGUAUUUUCUAUGUUUAUUUUAUUGGUAUAUAAUUAUUAUGUGUAUCAUAAAAAAUACCGACAACUUCUUAAUCUUAUACCGAGACCAUCGGGUUUUCCGAUUAUUGGCAAUGCGCUCCAAUGCUAUGUGUCAGAAGAGAAAUUAUGGAAGCUCUUCUGUAAAUUGUCUGAUGAAUAUUAUCCCAUUAUUAAAUUCGGGUUUUUUUUUAUAUAUGGAGUGGGUAUCCGUCAUCCAGACGAUAUAGAGACGAUACUAAGCAGUACUAAGCACAUCGAGAAAAGUUUUCUGUAUAACGUUGUUCAUCCUUGGUUAAAUACAGGUCUUGUAACUAGUACAGCGAUUAAGUGGCGGGCGCGGCGAAAGAUGUUAACACCUGCAUUCCAUUAA